AGCAGAGAUCCCAGGCUCUGGCUCAGGCAGCUGCCCUGCCUUUGGGAACUGCCAUGAACCACUUCCAGACCAUCCUGACUCAGGUCCGAAUGCUGUUGUCCAGCCGUUGCCCAAGCCAGGUGCAGACCCUCCUGGACAGCCUGCUGGAGAAGGAGCUUCUCUCCAGGGAAUACCACUGUGCCCUGCUCCAUGAGCCUGAUGGUGAGGCUCUGGCCAGGAAGAUCUCUCUGACCUUGCUGGAGAAAGGAGACCCAGACGUAGCCCUCCUGGGAUGGGCCUGGAGUGGGCUACAGACCCCAGCGGCCGAGAGGAUCCCUGGCCAUGGGGACUAUGGCGGCACUGGGCAGCGCGCUGCCAUGGAGUUGGGGCCUCUAGAAGGCGGGUACCUGGAGCUUCUCAACAGCAAUGCCGACCCCUGGCACCUCUACCACUUCUAUGACCAGAUGGACCUGGCUGGAGAAGAAGAGAUUGAGCUCUGCUCAGAACCCGACACAGACACCAUCAACUGCGAACAGUUCAGCCGGUUGCUGUGUGACAUAGAAGGCGAUGAAGAGACCAGGGAGGCUUAUGCCAAUAUCGCGGAACUGGACCAGUAUGUGUUCCAGGAUUCCCAGCUGGAGGGACUGAGCAAAGACAUUUUCAUAGAGCACAUAGGAUCAGAUGAAGUGAUCGGUGAGAGCGUGGAAGUGCCCACAGAACUGGGGCAGAAAAGCCAGAAAAGACCCUUCCCAGAGGAACCUCUUGCAGACCCGAAGCACCAGAAGCUGGCUGAGACCCCUGCUGUGCCUAUGGUGACUGGCAGUUUCCUGGUGGAGCCAGUGAGCAACUCCACUGCCCUGCCCUUCCUGCCUCCACCUGCACUGUUCAACCAGGAGCCAGCAUGUAGCCAGCCGCACCUGGAGGAAACCGUCCAGAUGGCCACCCCCUCCAAGUCCUCGGCAAGCUGCCUGAAUCUCCCUCCUGGACACAUCCAGUUCAUCCCCACUCUCCCCACUUUGUCCCAAGGGCUCUGGCAAAUCUCAGGAGCUGGGGUGUCCAGUAUAUUCAUCUACCAGGGUGAGAUUCCCCAGGCCAACCAAGCACCUUCUUCUGGUGGCCUCACUAUCCACAGCCUCCCAAAGUCCCCAGACCGGCCUGGCUCCACCAGUCCCUUUGCUCCUUCUGCAGCUGACCUGCCCAGCAUGCCUGAACCAGCCCUGACCUCUCACACAGCUGUGAAAGAGGGUGAGACGUCCGGCACCCAAUGCCAGGUAGAUGAGGAGGUUUCUGGCAAGCUUGCAAACUGGCCUGAGCCAGUGAAGCAGUUCUGUCACUCGCUGCAGGACAAGUAUCAGGCUGAGCCCGAGGGCCCUGAUGGCCUCCUGGUGCAGGUGGACUUGGUGAGAGCCAGGCUGGAGAGGACCAGCAACAAGAGCCAGGAGUGGGAGCUGGCCACCCCGGACUGGACGGAGCGGCAGCUGGCCCCAGGGGGUCUGGCCGAGGUGCUGCUGGCAGCCAGGGAGCGCCGGCAGCCUCGUGAAACACAAGUGAUUGCCGUGUUGGGCAGGGCCGGGCAGGGGAAGAGCUGCUGUGCCCGUGCACUGAGCCGCGCCUGGGCCCGUGGGCAGCUUCCACAGUACGACUUUGCCUUCCACAUCCCCUGCCACUGUUUGGACCGUCCUGGGGACACCUACCGCCUGCCGGACCUGCUCUUCUCCCUGGGCCCACAGCCACUGGAGGUGGAUGACGAGGUGCUCAGACACAUCUUGAGGAGGCCUGAUCGUGUUCUGCUCAUCCUGGACGCCUUUGAGGAGCUGGAGGCCCAGGAUGGCUUCUUGCACAGCACGGGUGGCCCAGGGGCCACAGAACCCUGCUCCCUCCGGGGAUUGCUGGCUGGCCUCUUCCAGCGGAGGCUGCUGCGAGGCUGCACCCUUCUUCUCACUGCCUGGCCCCGGGGCCGCCUGGCCCAGAGCCUGAGCAAGGCCGAUGCCCUGUUUGAGGUGGCUGGCUUCUCCCCUGAGCAGACCCAGGCCUAUGUGUUGCGCUACUUUGAGAACUUGGGGGUGACCGAGUACCAAGAGAGAGCCUUAGCGCUCCUCCAGGACCAGCCUUUCCUCCUCAGUCACAGUCACAGCCCUACUUUGUGCCGGGCCAUGUGCCAGCUCUUGGAGGCCCUGCUGGAGCAGGGAGAUGGGGCUGAACUGCCUGCCACGCUCACGGGACUCUACGUUGGCCUGCUGGGCCCUGCAGCCCGAGACAGCCCGCCGGGGGCCCUGGCGGAGCUGGCCAAGCUGGCCUGGGAGUUGGGGCGCAGACACCAAGGUAACCUGCGGGAAGACCAGUUCCCCUCAGUGGAGGUGAGGACCUGGGCUGUGGCUAAGGGCUUAGUACGACCCAGCCCAGGGGCCACUGAGGCCCGGCUGGCCUUCUCCAGCUUCCUCCUGCAGUGCUUCUUGGGUGCCCUGUGGCUGGCUCUGAGCAGUGACAUCAAGGACAAGGAACUGCCACAGUAUUUAGCAUUGACCCCAAGGAAGAAGAGGCCCUAUGACAACUGGCUGGAAGGUGUGCCACGCUUUCUGACCGGGCUGAUCUUUCAGCCCCAUGACCGCUGCCUGGGAGCCUUGGUCAGGCCAGCAGCAACCACCUUGGCAGACCGAAAGCAGAAAGUCCUCACCAAGUACCUGAAGAGGCUUCAGCCAGGGAUGCUGCGGGCGAGACGGCUGUUGGAGCUGCUGCACUGUGCCCACGAGGCGGAGGACGUUGGAAUUUGGCAGCACGUGGUGCAGGAGCUCCCCGCCCGCUUGUCCUUCCUAGGCACCCGGCUCACACCUCCUGAUGCACAUGUGCUGGGCAGGGCUUUAGAGGCAGCCGGCCAAGACUUCUCUCUGGACCUGUGCAACACUGGCAUUGACCCCUCUGGACUAGGGAGCCUCGUGGGACUCAGCUGUGUCACCCAUUUCAGGGCUGCCUUGAGUGACACGGUGGGGCUGUGGGAGUCCUUACGGCAACGUGGGGAGUUCAAGCUACUCCAGGCUGUGGAGGAGAAGUUCACCAUUGAGCCUUUCAAAGCCAAGUCCAAGAAGGAUGUGGAAGACCUGGGCAACCUUGUGCAGACCCAGAGGAUGAGAAGUUCCUCAGAAGACACAGCCAGGGAGCUUCCUGCUGUCCGGGACCUAAAGAAACUGGAGUUUGCGUUGGGCCCCAUCUCAGGCCCCCAGGCCUUCCCUAGACUGGUGAGGAUCCUCCCCGCCUUUUCCUCCCUUCAGCAUCUGGACCUGGACUCACCAAGUGAGAACAAGAUUGGGGACGAGGGUGUUGCUCAGCUCUCAGCCAUCUUCCCUCAACUGAAGACCCUGGAAACCCUUAACCUAUCCCAGAACAGCAUCACUGAUGUGGGUGCCUGCAAGUUGGCCGAGGCCCUGCCUUCCCUCGCUGCGUCCCUCCUUAGGCUGAGCUUGUACAAUAACUGCAUCUGUGAUGUGGGGGCGGAAAGCCUGGCUCGGGUGCUUCCAGACAUGGUGUCCCUCCGGAUGAUGGAUGUCCAGUACAACAAGUUCACGGCUGCCGGGGCCCAGCAGCUUGCCGCCAGCCUUCGGAAGUGCCCUCACGUGAAGACGCUGGCCAUGUGGACACCCACCAUCCCAUUUGGUGUCCAGGAACACCUGAAACAACUGGACUCCCGGAUCAGUCUGAGAUGAUCCCAGCUGUGCCCUGGACAAGCAUGUUCUCUGAGGACGGUGACCGUGCUGGACCUUCAGCUGGGUACUUGUGGACAUAGCUCUUUUCUGGGCCGUAUACCAGGAGACUCAGCAUCCUGGCACUCAGUGCCUGCCAGUUCAGGGCUGGCCGCCGCCUGCUGCAGGGCAGAUCACAUCUAGCUCUGUUAAUAGACACAGGUCCUGAUCUAGGCUCCUCAGGACCCAACGGACAGGAGCCCAGUGGCAGUUGCAGUCCACCUAGGAGCCCUGAGGCAUUUCCUGCAGGACACUCCAGACAGCCACUGCCAGGCCAGAGUGAAGAACUGAGACAGCCACCUUUCUGCCUGCCCUGGCCCCGGUCAACCUGGUGAGAAAGCACUUCUCUACACUGCUGUCUGACCAGACACCCUGACAUGGCACUCUGGAGACACUCAUGGACAGCUGCUGGCCUGCUGAUUCCCCAGACCACAGCAGGCUGGGUUCUGUGGCAGCUGCUUUGUCUGUGGGACUCAUUGUUUGCACUAACUUUGUUGGCUGAGGCCAAAGCCAGGCCUAGCUGAUGCACUGCGCCUUAACAGGGAAACAGCUAAUGGUACACUAAGGGAAGGGGGGUGGCAAGGGGACAGAAGGGAACCACAGCUUCGUUUCCUGUGUUUUUUUUCACUACAUUACAAAUGUUUCAUUUAACCUCAGAGGCAGCUCCAGGGUUUGAAUCUAUACCAUGAUUACCAUUUAGGGGUACCUGCUGUCUGUCUAAUGUGUAACAAGCCACUUCACAAUGUAGUGGUUUAAAACAAUACAUUUAUUCUGCUCACACACCUGUCAUUCAAGCAGGGCUUGGUGGGGACAACUCAUCUCUGUCCCACUCAGUGUCAGCUGGGGCAAUGCAAGGGGUAGGAUGGGAUCAUCUGAGACUUGUUCCCCUAUAGAUCUGACCUGAUGGCGGCUGUUGGCUGGGGGCCUCAGUUCCCUCUGCAUGCAGCCUAGCUUGGGCUUCCUCUUGGCAUGGUGGCUGGGUUGAAAGGUGAUCACCCAAAGGGAGAGAGAGACAGCAAGAGAGAGAAAGGCAAGGGGGGAAAGAGAGAGAGACCACAAGAGAGUAGUAUCCUCUUGAUGACCUAGGCUUAAAAGUCACACUGUACCACUUCAGCCUUAUUCUAUUGGCCAGUGUGGCCAGGCUGCCCCUCUCCUACCCACCCCAUCACCACACGUGCACACACAUAUGCACAUGCAUGCACAUGCACACACAUGGCAGAGUCCACCCUGGCCCAAGACCUGUCUUUUCUGAAAGGAUUUUCUCUGUGGCUUCCUAAGAUUCAGUGGAAAAUUCAUAGUUUAGGGGUCAGAAGGUUGAAGCACAGUGGGCUGUAUGAAGGGGACUGUUUUCCUCUGCCUCUGACACAGGGCUCUGUCCUGGGAGCCACUUCUUAGCCAUAUUGGAGUCCUGCCCUGGCUGCAGUGAGCCCAAGAGUGACUUGGCAGCUCUGCUUUCUACUUAGCCAGGCCAGCUCAGUGCUGGUCUUGGCCUGGGUGUGGCCUGCCCAUCCAGAGGCCCCAGUGUGAGGCAGCUCUCUGUGGCCUGCUGGCAGGGGAGCUGCUUGCUCAGCUCUGGCAUGCCAGCCCACGUGCCCACAGGAUCAGCUUGGUUUCCACAUUCUGCCCCUCUUCCCAGCACACAAGAGCUGAGAAUUGGAAGGUGUGAAGGAUUCAGACCUUAGUCCCCAGGGGCAGAUGUCUUCUGCCUUGCCUGGCUCCAAAAGGUAUCAGGUGUUGCCACCCAGGUUUGGGUUGUAAAUCCAAACCCUUAGGGUGUCCCUGCAUUCAUAGACUCUGUGGAGUACAUGGGACCCCAAUUUGUGAGCACCUGGCCUCUUCCCUGGGCAGGGAACUGCAACACGCAUAAGCCAGGGAGAUACUACUGUACCCAAUGCUUUUGAUGUGUUUGGAGAUGAUGAAAUAAGAUCAGAAGCUACAGUUAUUCACACUGAUGGUCUUUAAAUGACAGCUACGACUUAUUUAAUGAGUUGAUACAUGGAAAGCGCUUAUCACAGUGCAAGGGAGCUACUGAGUGCUCAAUAAAUAGCAGUAAAUAUGACUGUCGUGUGCAUCAUGCUAGGCUCCUCCAGGAGAGGGAUGAGAGUCCAGGAGUCAACAGCACAGACUCUUAGGCAGGUUGCCUAGGCUCAGUGCCCUGGUUACCCCUUUUUCAUGUAAGUUACUUCUCUGUGCCUCAGUCUCCUCCUGGUGUAAAAUGGGCACCACAGUACCUUCUUCCUAGGAUUAUGUGAAGAUUCGAUAAGCAAAUGCAUUGAGAACAAGUGGCUGACAUGGAGGUCAGUAUGCGUUAGCUGCAUUAUUACACAUGUUCAUGCAUUUUAUUCUUGCCUCUGCCUGGAAGUGUUCUCCUCAGCUCUUCACAUGGCCGGCUUCUUUUCAUUCUUCAGAACUUGGUUUAGAGGACAUCUUAGGAAGGCCUACCUGACCACUCCACUCAAUGCAGAUACCCCUCUGCCUCUACUCUCCAAUCUUCUAUCUUUUUCACACUUAUUGUGCAACAUCUGCUGUUAUUCUAGGUUUGUGAGCUCUAAAGGGUGGGAGACUUGUCUGCUUUGUCCACUGCUGUGCCCUCAGCACCCAGCAAGG